AUGGCAGCCAAGGACGGAGAGAGGAGCGCCUCCUCGGCGACCCGGUUCACGGCGACGACACCCCAUGCAUCCUCCAAAGCCGGCCCAUCGCGAUUCCCACCACCACCGAGGGCAGGAGGGGCACCCAGGAAGCCAGCCGCAGCUUCCGCGCGAGCGGCAGCACCAAACUCAGAGACCCCAGAACAGCGGGUGGCACGGUUACGAGCGGCGCACGAGAGGGCCAAGACAGCCCAGGUAUCGCGGUUCGACCAGCUGAUCGCAAAGUCACGGCCCUUCUUCGACUCGGCGCACAGGAUCACGGUCAUAAGCCUGGUGGGGCUGACGGCCGUCGCCGGUCUCCUCACAGCAUACACAGCAUACGACAUGCUCCGGUACAACCGCAAGCGCAAGGCAGAGUUCAUCGAGGCGCAGAGGGUGAUGUCGGCCGACAGUCUGGAGGCGGCGCGGCUGGCGUACAUGAGGGGCGACGCGUCAGACGAACAGAUCUCGCUGGUGGAGGAGGCCAACGCCCGCGCGGGCGGCGCCGGAGGAGACUUCAAGCUGCCCAGCAUACUGAGCGCGCCGGCCCCAAUCAGGAGGGACGAGGAGGCACCCGGGUCAGGCGAGCAGGCGGCGGCGGCGGCAUCCGGGGGCGCAGCAUCGACCGAAGGCAAGUCGUCCGGUCUGUUUGGAUGGUUCUCGUCAAAGAAGUCGACCCAGGACACGACUGGCAGCAGUGAGGCGCCGCGCUCGCUCGAGGACAAGCAGGACAUGCUUAGGAAGGCCCGCGAGGCGUUUGAGAAGGAGAAGGAGGCGCAGCGGAGCGGUGGGCCGCUGGACCGUCUCGGUAUCGAGGACUCGACGGCAUCACAGACACACACGAAAGAGGCGGAGCAGCCCAAGAAGAAGGGAUGGUGGUAG